UGUCUGUGUGUGUGUGCAUGUCUGUGUGUGUGUGAGCGAGGCCAAACGGCGCGCCAGGACGUACGGGUGUCCCUGACGCUGCUAUCGGGACGUCGUCCGAUUGGCGGGAGGGGAUAGAAAUGGGUCGACCGCAGCGAGGCCGAGCCGCCCGGAUUGGGCGGCUCGGCGCGUCACUCGCAGCCCGCCCGAGACGCGACGCGUGGGCUGCGAACCUCGAUCGAGCGAGUGCCGUGCGCGUGUUUUGUUCUCGCCUCGCCCCCCGUGUCCCGCACCCAUCGCCCCCUCUUCCACCCCCCCCCUUUCCUCCCGCCCCUCCAAUGUCGCGCCGCUUCUUAAUGAGCUCCCAUGCACUUUAACACGUCGGCCCGACACGGCCGAGGGCGCAUUAUGGGUCCCAGGGCAGCCAGAUGAGUGCCGUGGCGUUCAGCAGUUCCUCUUGCUCGCGUCUGCGCGUAUAUGUCGCUGACACACGGAGACGGGGAGAGCAAGAGCCAGCUUGCUUCGUCGCGUAUAUAUUUAUUAUUAUUUUGUGUCCGCCGGUGUUGGAUUGUUGUUUUUGUGUCUGGCUUGGAGUGCUCGUCGCUGCUUUGGAGAUUCUGCGUGGAAGAGCUCGAGGCUGAGGGUCGUCGGGGCUGCGUCCGGAUAUGGGCGAUCAACGACAUGCAGGCGCUGUUAAAGUGGCUGCGAAGACAUCCUUCAGCAUUGACAGCCUAUUGCUCGAAGCGGUGCAGCGCGGAUACCAUCGUGGCGGCGGCGGCAGUGACAGCAGCAGCAGCAGCAUCAUCAUCAACAGCAGCGGCAGCAGCGGCGGCGUCGUCAGGAGUGGGGACGGGGAACCGGCUGGGAACGCCGGUGGCACCACGGGCGUGGAGGAGGUGGUGGAGGAGGUGGAGGAGGAGGAGGAGAGAGCCCGCGGCACCGCGCGGCGCGAUAGCUGCGGCGGCGAGAAGAGGGGGAACGCCGACGCGAACGGUGCGGAGGGAUGCGAUGAAGUGGACGACGAAAGAUCGUCCUGCCCCCGGCACGAGAAGAGCAACAACAACAGCAACAACAACAGCAGCAACAGCAAGCACGAGAAGCCGCCCUUCAGCUACAACGCGCUCAUCAUGAUGGCCAUCAGGCAGAGCCCCGAGAAGCGUCUCACGCUGAACGGAAUCUACGAGUUCAUCAUGACCAACUUCCCCUACUACCGCGAGAACAAGCAGGGCUGGCAGAACUCCAUUCGGCACAACCUGAGCCUCAACAAGUGCUUCGUGAAGGUGCCGCGUCACUACGACGACCCGGGCAAGGGCAACUACUGGAUGCUCGACCCGUGCAGCGACGACGUCUUCAUCGGAGGCACCACGGGCAAGCUGCGCCGGAGAUCGGGCGCGUCCCGGGGCAAGCUCGCUUUCCGCCGAGGCCCUCUCUUCGCCUCGGCCGGACUGGCGCUUAUGGAGAGAGCGGCCUCGAUUUUCUGGCCCAUCAUGCCCCCUCCGCCUCCUCCGCCGCCUCCGCCGCAUCAUCCCCAUCAUCAUCAUCAUCCUCACCCGUCCAUUCAUCCCCACCUGCAUAAUCAUCACCAGCAGCAGCUUCAGCAACAGCACGGGCUGCAUUACAGCGCAGCCCAGACGUUCCACUGCCCUCCGCAUGCAAGCGCAGCGGCAGGGCUGUACGCGCCGCUGCUGUGCCACGCGACCUUGGGAGGUCCUCCACUGGCGCUCGCGGGAUCCUGCGGUGGCUUUUUACAGCUUGCCGACGGGCUUAGAGGCUUUCGGGACUUACCGUUCCAUCACCAUCAUCACCAGCAGCAGCAACUUACCGCGACCGCGUUUGCAGCUCUGACUGGCCGACACGGUGGGAAGGCGACGACUGAAUCUCAGCAGCAUAGUCAAGUGGAUGGGUCAAGCUCCACGGUGGAGCCGUGCGUGGGCGCGAGCAUUGUCGCGGCCAUCCCACCAGCACUCUCAGCCUUCUACCCGCGCGUGGCAUCCGCCUACGCCUCCUUGCAUUGACCGCGCAGCGUGCUGAUGAUCGCUAAGGUUUCUGAAACCACGUGUACAUAGACGACACCGUGCUUUACCGAUAAUCAAACAAAAUGCAACGACGCGAUCUCAAGACUGUAAGUUCUUGUUUUUUUGUUGUUUAUUCGUUUUCAAAGUAAUCCGCACGCUCGACUCACUUGCGCGCCCAGAUAAUAUAGCUGUAUGAUUUCAUUGAUGAUGGAACGCGUCUAUCAAAUUAUGCCGGCUCAUGUGUAUAUAGCUAAGAUAUUAUAGAGGAAAUGUGAAUUUGUGUAAAUGUGCAAUAAGUCAUUGUUUUCCACGGCAUACACGAUACACUAAUCUCAGUAGUAAUGCACGGUACUCUCAAAGUCAACUUAAAGGAACACGUGCACAAUGUGAAUGGCUUGUAAAUACAAACUGUAUAUAACGUUUCUGGCGUACUUUGUAUGCCCUUAGGAUGUAAACUUGCAGCGUUUUUUGAAUAUAUAAAUUACAUUUGUUUUAAAACUUUUACGAACAAGUGUUUUAUUUUCGUUGUUUGAUGUAAACAAAAAUAGUUAAUUGUUAUAUUUGAGUCCACCAUCUCGAAGGAAGGUACAGAAUUAAGUGGCAACUAUCACCCCCGGGGUGUGUGCGUUUAAUUAAUUAGAUUGCCGUAGAAGAUUGUCGUACAAUCUAAUGCUGAUGAGAGUGACAAUUGUACACACCACGUAUAUACAUAGUGGCCCAAGAGUCAGGACACAUAGGGUUACUUCAUUUAUUUUAACACCUGCAUAAACACUUUUUAACUAUUGAUUAUUUAAAUUAAUAUUGAUCGAUUAUCAUUAUCAAUAUUUAUUUAUUUAUUCUUCAUUUUCAUAUGACAAUUAAAAAUGGAGAGAGCAUUGACUGAAUUGAGACACAACAUAAUCGAUUAAUGUUACACAUGUAAUAUUUUGGGUUUUUCUAAAGGUCAUGAAUUAAUGUAAAAGAUCAUUAAUGCGUACAUUCAUGUUAAUGGGAGUAGUUUGAACAUUUGUUAAAAUAAAUGUAAUUAACCCGAUGUGUCCUGAAUUCUGGGGCACCCCGAUAUAUUCGUGUGAUUUGUGAUACUGCUUUGGUAGUUUUGCACGAGGAAACAUAAAUAAUAGGCGACGUUUCAGGCAAUUACCCUAAUAAGUACAUAUGUUGAACUUCCUUCGCACUGUACUAACCAACCGUGCUAAUCGGAGGUGCUAUCACUAAGGGUAGAGAGAUGGUGCUACGUUCCUUCUUCAUAUGUUCUCUCUGAUAUGAAUGAGGUGCCAAUAACCCCGAAUCUGUCGCAUAUUAUAUAUCUGUUUAAUUUUAGAGCGGGCCCUAUUGACGUAGUGCACAUCUUAGCACCGCUGGGCGCACACGCCAGAGUGUAUGCUACGGUUUCAUCGGGUUUUGUUUUGUUUUUGAACAUCACAAUUGCCGACAUUAAACACGCUACGUAAACACGCUACGGCUACAUAUAUAUGUUAAAGGACCACGCGAGAUGUUUUCACGGCAACACUGGAGGAGCUCUCUCUGUGUUUCUUAGCACGCGGCAUUGCACGGCUUAUGCGGCAGAGUAGCGGCCACACACACACUGGGGAUAGCGUCGUCUCGCUUUUUUUUUCUGGAAAGAUUCAC